AUGCCCCCCGGAGCCGGAGCCUUCGUCCCGGUCUGCACCGCGGCCGCGCUGCUGUUCGGAUCCACGUCUCUCUUCUUUGUCUUUACAUGCCCCUGGUUGGCGGUGACCAUCUCUCCGGCUGUUCCACCAUGCUGCGCUGUCGUCUUCCUCUUUGUUUUGGCAAACUUCACCAUGGCAACGUUCAUGGAUGCCGGUGUGCUUCCCAUCGCGAACGAGGACGAGGACAAAGAGGAGGAGUUCCGGGCGCCGCUGUAUAAGAACGUGGAGGUGAACGGGGUCCAGGUCCGAAUGAAGUGGUGCAGCUCCUGCCACUUCUACAGACCCCCCAGAUGUUCACACUGCAGUGUGUGCGACCAGUGUGUGGAGAACUUCGACCAUCACUGUCCGUGGGUGAACAACUGCAUCGGGAGGAGGAACUAUCGAUACUUCUUCUUGUUCCUGGUGUCGUUGACGCUGCACAUGGUGUGUGUGCUGAGCUUUGGCCUCCUGUACGUCCUGAACCACCAGGAGGCGCUGUGGGAGCUGCACUGUGCCGUCACUUUGGUGGUGGUCAGUAUCUCAGGACUCUUUGUGGUUCCAGUUUUGGGACUUUCAUGUUUCCACCUGUACCUGGUGUCCAGAGGCCGCACCACCAACGAACAGGUCACAGGAAAGUUUCAGGGCGGAGUAAACCCUUUCACUCGCGGCUGCUGUAAAAACCUGGAGUAUUUGAUCUGCAGCAACAUCUCUCCAAAAUAUAACGGGAGGCGUGUUCAGAGAUCCACGACCCACGUCCGGCCGCCGUUCCUGCGCCCGGAGACGGAGCGACCGCUGCCGACCAAACUGAAGAACAACGGCGUUCACGACCAGAACGCUCACAACCAGGAAGCACACAACCAGGAAGCACACAACCAGGAAGCACACAACCAUUGUUCUCCUUCCAGAGCCGCUGAGACGAAGCCGCCUCCUCCUCUUCCUCCCAAAGCGGAGCCCGGCCUGAAGAGCCACGUGGCAGCUCUGGACAAGAUGGGACACCAGACCAAGUCCAUCAUCCCGGUCUCCAUCCCCACGGUCCCACAGCUGAGGCCGGUUUUAGACGCCAUUUCCAGAGGAUCGUCGCCCAUUCCCCCAGAACAGCUGCUGCGGGCGCCAGAGCAGAUGUCCAACGGCCGGAGUCCAGAAAGGUCCAGAGGGAGUCCUGCGAGAGCCACACACCCAGGCCAGCACCCUGGCCAGCACCUUGGCCAGCACCUUGGCCAGCACCUUGGCCAGCACCCAGGCCAGCACCUUGGCCAGCACCCUGGCCAGCACCCUGGCCAGCACCCAGGCCAGCACCCAGGCCAGCACCCAGGCCAGCACCCAGGCCACAUGACCAGCGGUGCUCUGGGGUCUCUGCCUCUGAGCUCCCUGACCCUGAACUCUCGCUCUCUGUCUCUCAAACACAGCUCUCGCUCUAAGCCUCAGUUCUCGGGUCUGGACUCCAUGGGCUCCAGCGUGGCCCCUGGUCUGGUCCCCGGUCUGGCCCCGGCCGGUCUGUUCCCUCACGGCAGCAGCAGCCUCUCCUACGACUCCCUCAUGACCGCCGAGCCCCUCCCUCAGCGUGGGGGGCCUGCCAUCACCUACCACCCGCACUUCAUGAGCCUAGCAUCCGACGGGACCCUGGUCCAGAACCUGCCGCCCCCUCAUGCCUACAGCCCGGUCUUCAUGGGGGUGGCCCGUCAGUCCCCUCAGCCCAGAGACCCCUCCCCGUCUCUGCAGGGACUGGGCUCGCGGGACCCUUCUCCUCUCUUCCCUGGGUUCCUCCAGAGAGACUCCUCCCCUUCCUUUGCUGGUCUCUCUCACAGGGACCUGGCCAAUCAGAGCGUGUCGACCCGGGACGUCCCGCCCCCCUCUGCUGCCGCACGUUACGACCACUUCUCCAAGACCAUUAUGGCAUCAAUACACGAGCGCCGCGACGUGGACGACCGCGACCGGAUGCUCCGCCUUCAUGGGAGACCUCAGCCCGAGAUGGGGAUCUACGACAUCCCGAGUCGAAGAAGUCUCCCCCCUGAGAACCUGAGACUGGUGGGCUCCCGGGGGCCCACUCCUCCGGCAUACGGGUCCCGGGAGUUCCUCAUGAGCACGGGCAUCCUGGGGUACGGUGUGCGGGGGGCGCCUCAGUCCAGUUCCACUCUGUCUCUGACCCGCGGGCCGAGGACCUCCACCUCUCCACUCCAGAGCAGAGGCCGGACCGCAUCUCCUCUGUUUGGGGACAGACAGGCCACGCCCACCUCCACCUGCACCCUCCCCCGCAUGCCCCCCCUCCCCUCGGCCUCCACCUACGCUCCUCGCUCCUCGCUCACGUUUGCGGUGGACCAGAAGGACCCCUGCUCCUCCUCCCUCAAGUGA